AAUUUCGCAAUUUGCAUUAAAAUUUAAAUUACUUCCCAAUUGUGUUUUUAGGUAAUAGGUGGAUGGUUUGUGUAAAUAAAAAGAAGAGAGCUGCGAAGAUCUUGCGGUUUCAAAAUAUAAACUACAUUCCUUUGUUUUUAGAUACAUAACCUUAAUAGAAAGAGAUUUAAUUGACAAUGAUCAUUCCUGUGCGUUGCUUCACCUGUGGCAAAGUUAUUGGCAAUAAGUGGGAGGCUUACUUAGGUUUAUUACAAGCUGAAUAUACUGAAGGUGACGCGUUGGACGCCCUUGGUCUAAAGCGGUAUUGCUGCAGAAGGAUGUUACUGGGGCACGUGGAUUUAAUUGAGAAACUUCUUAACUACGCCCCUCUAGAGAAAUAAUUUGUGGGGAGCUAUUUAUAAGCUAUUUCCUAAGAAAUCUGUAUACUAUAAGAUAUGUUAUUUUAAAUAAAUUCUAAAACUUUA